UGGUUUAUUUGAUCAAUUCAAAAUAGUUUUACCUAAUGUGAUAUUCACAAUUUAUUUGGCAAUAUCUACUUUAGCCAUUUUUAUUUAUCUUCCAUCUUCGUGUUCAAACAGAAAACAAAUUAUAGACCCAGUAAAAGUUAUUUGUGAUGAAAGUUCUCAAUCGUCAAACGAAAAUCUGUAUUUUAAUAUUUCAUAUGAUCAAACUCUUUAUCAAAGAUCUACAAUAUCUGAAAAAACCAAACUGGUUCCUAAAACGAAAAAUGGUAUUAUUCAUAGAGUUACACAAAGACUAAUUACUUUCAAGUUUGUUCAAAUUUUUAUGGAUAAAGGCUGUUUGAAAACAAUGAUUGUGUAUGCAAUAUUUGGCAUGAUUGCAAUCGGUUACAUUGAACUUUUUAUUAUAUUUGCUGCUACUUCUGCAGAGUUUGAGGGGUUAUCAAUGAGUAGUUCACAUAUUGGGUUGCUUCUUAUGAUUUGUGCAGUUAUUGAUGUUAUUGGAAGUGUUACUAUAUCACCAAAGAUUGUUCAAAAGUUUGGCGCUAAAACGGCAUUUAUAUAUUGGAUCAUUGGAUGUGGGUGUAUUUACUCAUUUGUCCCGGCUCUAGUCUUAAUAACAAACAAUGGAAUUCGUUGGUUCUCUUUGGUGACAUGUCUAGGAGCUAUUAACAUUUUUAUUAGUGGUUGCUUUAUUACAGUAAAUAUAUUUGUUUCAAACUCUGUACUACCAGAAUUGCAAGGAACUUUUACUGGACUAGCAAUGAGUGUGUCAUGUAUUGGAAGAGCUAGUGGUCCCGUUUUGUUCGGCAACGCCUACUCUUGGUCGCUGUCAAAUCUGAAAUCGAAAAGCCUGCCUUUUCCGUUUAAUCAAUAUUUUGCAUUUCUACUCUUGGCUUCAGUUUGUUUAAUAAACGCUUUGUUUACUCAGUUCUUGAUUUCGCCGUCUUUGAAUAACAAGAAGGUUUUUCCAUUAAAUAAAGAACUUGUGGUUCGUGGAAGUUAUUACUUGUGUGAGAAAGCUCUUUUGCCAAUAGAAUAAAGCGACGUUUUAUGAGUUCAAUUUUGUAAGCUUAUAGUGAAAAAUAUAUUUUACAAAUUUUUUA